CUCACAGAAUUUCGCGUGCGAUGACCAGCACAAGGACAAAAGCAAGAGACAUCAGAAGAGACCAUCUAGCAAGCCAGACGGUGCCUGGUAGAGUCCGGCCCUCUGGAGCACGCGAUAUUGAAUGGUCUCGGUAAAAGGGAGCUUCAACAAUGCAGCACCUCGGCUUCGGGCUCCGGCGUACCACGCCAUUGUCUCGCGCGUCCUUCAGAAACGCUUUGUCCACGCGUGUGUCUGCUUAUACGUCUUGUGCUACGGCACAUCGUUUCUGUUAGGGCACAGUUAUCGCCCGUGGUACCUCUUCCCGUGGUCAUGGACAGGAUUUAGGAGUGUUGCCAUCUUCCUGGCUUUGGCACCGCUGUUGCUUCUACGCAAGGCGAAUCUGCAUGUGACGCGGAUAGCCAGGCCGUUGAGUCCAUUCAAUGUCUUGUCGGCACCAUCCAUCGCAGCGGCCAUUGCAUACACAAUCGCAUCGACCUUCUUUGUGCUCACAUACAUCAAUAAUACCAACGAAAAGAGUGGCUUGACAUUACUGGUAACGCAGCGAACGUAUGAGCUGCCAAGGCUCAAUGAACGAUGGCUCUAUCUCAUGUUCUUCUCUGUGAUGUUGGCUGUGUUUGAGAGCGGAAAGCAUAUAGCAUGCGACCUCGACUUGCUCGCACGUCCUCUUGCGAAACGACCCAUUCCUACGCGCAUGCAAGAAGAAUUGCCAAUGGUUGCUGUACAAAGCCUGGUCCAGGCACUUGGAAUCUCACUGGUUGCUCCCCUUGGCUAUCUCAUCCUUCGCUCAUCUUUAUACAGCUUUGUCUUGCGCUUCGUUCGACUCAUUUACCACGUUCCAAGAUCAACAGUACCACCAGAGUGGCCAGUAGGCUUUGGCAUGUGUAUUCGCACAACAUUCAUUGCAACGCUCAUCAUCUUUGCUUGGAAUGUGCUACAUUGGCUCUUCAACGUCUACCUCUCGCAAGGCCCGACAUACAAGGGCAAGCUCAUCAGCGAAAAGUCAAUGCUUCAAGACGAGACACUUCUGAAAGGCCUCCAGCAUACCUCAAAGCCGCUCACGCAAUUGAUUGCAUUCGAAGAGCUUCGUCUGAUUGCUGCGCAUGGCAAAGACCGACGCAUCGCGAUAUUUGAGACUGGUGCACCAGAUGCGACCAUGUGGCUUGCCAUUGUCAAUGCAUGUCUAGUCGUACUUGGCGAAGUCAUUGAUUCUGUAAGUGCUGCAAGUGGCUCUACACAAGGAAAUCAGCCAGCACAUCCGACUGUUCAGUCAGCACCCAAAGCUCGCGUCAUUGGUACACCACCACCUGUACAAGUGCAUCAAGCCAACAUUUUCCUAUCUGGUCACAAGAAUGCAAGUAUCGUCGAUAAACUCAAAAGUCAAACUCAGCCCGCUGCCGCAGCCAUCAAAGCGCCUGAGCAGAUUGGCCAAAUGGGUCAGUCUGUGAUGACGACAAUCAAGAGCCAUGCACUUGAAUUCACAAAACCCAUGUGGCAACCUGUUACUGAGCUGACUGCUAUACGUUUACUUGCAAAAGUCCUUCGAGCAGGGGAAGAAGCCAUGCCGAGACACGAGUUUGCCAUUCUGGCCAUUGAAAGUUUGCGCGACAUGCUGCUUGCAUCAUUGGAAGAUGACACCUUUGGCAGAGCACAUAAGGAUGUAUCGCGCGUCCUCACUUCAUUGGAAAAGCUUCAAAGUGUCAUUGCAAGACUAAGACAGUACCGCAAAGCCAAGCAGCAGGAUCAAGAUGAGCAGCAACCGCUUGUAUCGGACGACAUCAAUACAGUCGACAUUCUCGCUGGCGAUGCGAGAAAACAGUUGCUUGAAGCGUUCCAGGCAUAUCUUUAGCACUUUUCUUAAUGAAC